CAACUCUCAAGCUUAAGAUGCCGUAUAUUUAUAUCGUAAAUAUUCCGUUCCACAAAGCGAAUUCAACCGAGUUUUGAUCUGUGGUAUUUUUGGAUUUAUUUACAUAUACGUAUUAUUCAACAUGGCUUCAAGUGCGCUUGACGGUGCGGCGAAUAGCAACCAAUGGAGCAUCACUCAGCAUCCACUGGAAGCUAUCAAGACCGGCAUCCAAAGUUCUACGACUGGAGAGUCUCGCGGCAACCGGGUGACUCAUAUGAUGAGUGCCAACGAAGGGUCCGCGGAUGUUGCUGCUAAAGUGUCGGGUGCUGUGUCGGAUGGAAUUCGAGAGGAUGAUGCACCGUAUUUCACCAAUAAUGAGGGUAUUCCUUGGCCAGAUGCCUGUCACAGUAAGACCAUCGGCGGUAUUCCGGUAGCCAGUGAUGUAUUUUUGUUCCAGAAGCAGCAGACAUUCAACCGUUCGAAGAAUUUGGAGCGGAUGGUGCAUCCUUGUGGAAGUGGCGCGUUCGGAUAUUUUGAGUGCACAAAGAACGUGUCAAGCCUAACUAAAGCCAACUUCCUCCAGAAGGUCGGGGAAAAGACACCCAUCUUCAUUCGCUUCUCGACUGUCACCUUAGGCAGGGAGUAUCCCGAUGAAGCCCGGAACCCUCGUGGCUUUGCCAUCAAGUUCUAUACUAAGGAAGGAAACUACGAUAUCGUGGGGCUCAAUUGGCCCAUUUUCUUCUGUCGCGACCCGAUUCAAGGGCCGGAUGUGAUCCGCUCGCAGUGGCGCGACCCCAAGAACUUCCUCCUAGAUCAGGAUGCACUCUUCGAUCUCCUAGCCAACACGCCCGAAUCCAAUCAUGCGGGCCUCAUGUUUUUCAGUGACCAUGGGACUCCAGUCGGCUGGCGUUUCAACCACGGCUACGGUUGCCAUACUUUCAAGUGGGUGAAUCAGCAGGGCCAAUUUGUGUACGUCAAGUAUCAUUUCAUCGCGAAGCACGGCCAGAAGCAAUUCACAUACAACGAGGCUAUGAUGAAGAUGGGCGAAGACCCAGACUAUUCCAAACGUGACCUCUGGGAGACCAUUGAGCACGGUGAGCAAGUCGAGUGGACCGCUAAGAUCCAAGUCAUGAAGCCGGAGGACGCCAAUCCCGAGAAACUAGGCUUCGAUCCGUUUGAUGUGACCAAAGUAUGGCCACGGGACAAAUUCCCUAUGGAGGAAUUCGGACGGCUAGUCCUGAACAAGAACCCGGAGGACUUCCAUCGGGAUGUGGAGCAGGCGGCUUUUUCGCCUGGCAGCAUGGUUCCUGGAAUCGGCGACUCGCCCGAUCCGCUGUUGCAGUUCCGCAUGUUUUUCUACCGCGAUGCGCAGUACCACCGCAUUGGAGUCAACCUGCACCAGGUUCCUGUUAAUUGCCCGUUCAUGGCGCAGUCUUUCUCGUCGCUUAAUUUUGAUGGGCAGAUGCGUGUUGAUGCCAAUCAUGGUGGUAACAAACCUUACGUGCCAAAUAGCUUCACGCAUAAGUUCCGUCCUGAUGCAGCGGAACCUGCAUACGAAGUUUCGGAUAACAUUUGUAGCCGAAAGAGUCACUAUUGGCACGAAGGCAAGAAGAACGACUAUGCGCAGGCGACUGAGCUUUGGCGCCGUGUAAUGACCGAGGAGCAGCGGAAACACACCUGCUUCAAUACGGCCCAGAAUUUGAAACUUGUGAAGUUCCCGCUAAUUCAGAAGAAGUAUUUGGCCCAGAUUUACAACAUCGCACCCGAAUGGGCACAGGGGGUUUAUGAUAUGCUACCCAAGAAGGAAUUUAACUUCAAGGAGGUGCAGAAGUUGUCGCAGACUGCUCAGGAAUGGUAUAAGGAGAAGAAAUUCCAGCCUGGUCCAGGAGAACGACUUGUAGGUUACGCACCUUCUAAGCCUGUAUAUAAUGUUUAAGGGGUACAAACGUUCAGCACAUUUAUGU